AUGAGAGGAAAUUUUGAAACAUUGUGCAAUGGUGCUGCAAAAGUUUUGAAAGGUUGUGAGAGCUUUUGGUCUGCAAGGUGUUUGAGCCCACUUGUUGGAGAAGAAGCCCCCAUGUUGCAUCCCUACAGAAUGGAGAGUUACCUCAUAACACCUUCUUCAGAAGAAUUGUAUGAUCCAGAGAUCUACAGACACCAAAUUCCAGAAUAUUAUAGCCCAUAUGUUCUGGAUACAGAAAUACAGACAGAUCACUGGGACUAUCACCCACACACUCAUGUCCACCCUGUUGAGUUUGAAAACCUUCAAGAGACAAAUUUUACAGAGCUGCAGAGUGUUCAGUCUCUGCACCCACCUGGUCUCGUCCGACACGAGGUCAUGCGCUACGAUGCAGAAAAUCUACUGGAUCCAAAUCUCGGCGCACAUUCUCAUAUGUUACAGCAACCAGUAACAUUCUUCCCACGGUCUAUGUACCCUACGCAUGUGUCCCAGCAUAGCACUGAUGAUGAAGAGCACGGACGUCAAAGUCCGCCCCUGGAGGUGUCUGAUGAGGAGUGUCUUCGAGAUCAAGUCCCUUACGUCAUACCUGGAGAGAUGGGUAACAAAAAGAAGAUUCGAUUGUAUCAAUUUCUGUUGGACCUUUUACGGAAUGGCGACAUGAAGGACAGUAUCUGGUGGGUAGAUCGAGACAAAGGAAUGUUCCAGUUUUCAUCCAAACACAAGGAGGCUCUCGCACACCGCUGGGGAAUCCAAAAAGGCAACCGCAAAAAAAUGACUUACCAAAAGAUGGCGCGGGCUUUGCGCAACUAUGGCAAAACUGGAGAGGUCAAAAAGAUCAAGAAAAAACUGACAUACCAGUUCAGUGAUGAGGUCCUUGGGAAGACUCAUUUGGAGAGAAAGCCAUACAUGUAG